AUGAUAUUUGCUAGUAUACGUCGGAUAUUUCAAUCAUUCAGAACAGAAGAGGAAGAACGGUUAUACUCAAGGGCUGCGUUUUUCAACCUACUUGGAUUCUUGGGUUCUUGUGUUUUGUUCUCAUUUGUUGCUCAGCGAUUAUCUCGACAUCCUAGAGAAUUGGCUCAUAUAGCAAGAGCAGAUGCUCUACUAAAAGCUAUUCUGUCGUGA